AUGUCCUUAGUUUAUAGGAAAACACUGAACUUUUUAAAAGGAAAAAAUGAAGAUGAUAAGGAUAUUAAAAUAAACAUAAAUGGGGAAAACAAAAGGACCUGUAACAAUUCCGUGAUAACGUCUAAAUAUACCGUUUUUAAUUUUAUAUUUUUAAAUAUGUAUGAACAAUUUCAUAAGAUAUCAAAUGUGUAUUUUUUUUUCAUUGGUAUAUUACAAGUAAUACCUCAAUUUACUGCUACCAAUGGAAUUCCUACAGUUUUUUUCCCCCUUCUAAUUGUGCUAACAGCGAACGCCAUAAAAGACGCUUUUGAAGAUUGGAAUAGGCAUAAAACAGAUAAAAUUGAAAAUAAUAGAAUGUGCUAUGUUAUCGUAAAUGAAGAAGAAAAAAAUAUAUAUGAAGAGAAAAGUAAUAAGAAGAAUAUUUUUAAAAAAUUAAAAAGAUAUAUUUUUGGAAAUCGUAAGAUUUGUAGUACUGAAAAUUAUUAUGAUGAAGAUGAUAUGUAUGAUGAUGAAAUUACUGAUAUUAAUGAUUAUAUUAAUAAUUAUGAAGAAAAUUUAGAAAACAUUGAAGAUAUCUUAUUAUUAUGUACUAGUCAUAAAAAUGGCAUUGCCUUUGUUGAAACCUCUAGUUUAGAUGGUGAAACAAAUUUAAAAGUAAAAGAAGCUAAUGCAUUUUUAUUUAAUAUAUUAGGCAAUGAUAGAAAUAUUGCAAUUGAUAAAGUGAAAAAUUUAAAAGGUUUUAUUUUAAGUGAUAAACCAAAUAAAGAUUUAUCUACCAUGUAUGGUACUAUUUAUUUUGAAAAGGAUAAGAAAAUAGAUGUAGAAAAUAUUGGUAUACAAGAAUUAUUAAAAAAAACAACGGAAGAAAUAGAAUAUCGAAAAAAAAGGUUAUCUAGUGUAAGAUUUAAGUAA